GACCCCCCCCCCCCUUCCGCCCCGGCGACGUUUUCGCUGGUGCCAUGGAGCGGCGGUGCUUUGAGAACCGCGGGGAGGCGCCGCUGUCGGCGGUAGGCGAAAGUGGGCUGACGGCAGCUGCGUGCCAGCGCCUGGAGGCGAUGGAGAAGGAGAUCUUGGAGGACAUUUGGCGGCACUUUGGGGUCGCCUGCAACAACGAGAGCGUUUACACAGGUGGGCCCGGCGUCGCCUAUGCCUUCACCCGCGCCGCGGCGCUGGGGAGCCACGGGGACUUGCAAUGUUUGGACAAGGCCCGGCGCUUCCUGGAGCCCUACGACGGGGUCACUGCCAAGCAGGCCGCGCGCCGUCCGGACAUCGCCUGCUCCCUCCAGUGCGGGCGUGCGGGCUUCCUCUGCGUGCACCUGCUACUGGCCAGCGCUGGCGGCGAGGGCGAGGCGGACAAGCGGCAAGCUUUCGCAGAGUUCCUGGCUCUGUCGCGGGUGGCUCUCAGCUCUCAGCUCGCUGCGGACGAGUGGCUCUACGGGAGGGCUGGCUAUCUGCACGGGUGCCUUCUCUUCCAGAAGGUCUUGGGCGAGGACGCCCAGCUGAAACGCACCAUCUCCGAUCUGGCGCGCCUGAUGCUCGCCCGCGGGGUGGAGAAUGCGCGCCACAACUUCCGGGGGAGCCAUGCGCCCCCGGUGAUGUGGGAGUGGUACCGGGAGCGGUACAUGGGGGCAGCCCACGGGGUCGUGGGCAUCAUUUUCAUGCUACUGCAUGUGCCAGAGCUCUUGGAGGACGCUCAGUGCCUGGACACCAUCCGCCAGACGCUGCAGUGGCUGGCGACCGCCAGAGCAGCCCCAGGCAACUGGCCAGCGGUGCUGGGAGACCGAAGGGCUGAGUGCGUGCACUUCUGCCACGGCGCGCCUGGGGCGGUGUUUCUCUACUGCAAGGCCUACGAGGUGCUGCGCGAGAAGCAGUGGCUGGACCUGGCACAGGAGGCGGGAGAGUUGGUGUGGAAGUACGGGCUCUUGAAGAAAGGCCCGGGCAUUUGCCACGGCAUCGCCGGCAAUGGCUACACCUUCCUCAGCCUGUACCGUCUGACCGGGGACGCGCACUGGCUGGCGCGCGCCUACCACUUCGCGGAGCAGAUGGCCACAAGGCAGGUGAAGGAGCAGUCGAGGAAGCCGGACACCCCCUACUCCCUCUACGAGGGUCUUGCGGGCACCGUGUGCUUCCUCAUGGACCUGCGGCUGCGCCCCAAGGAGGCUGCCUUCCCGCUCUUCGAGCUUGAGCCGGAGAAGCGGGGCCUGAAGCGGGGCCCCGACUAGCCGCGCGGGGCUUCUCGGCGCCCACAAGUGGCCGGGAGCCCGGCGAUGGCCUCGACAUGGGACCUGGGCAAAGUAGACCAGUAGACCCAUGUUAUCACAAGCGCGAUGCUCGACGACCGUGUC